CAUGGGCACCGGCACCCGCCAUUUGGAGAGCUGCCCGGCGCCCGCCGCGCCCGCCAGCAGCAGCAGCGCCAACAGCCGCAGCACGGCGGCCUCAGGCCGCCGCCGCUCCCCGCACCGCGGCGCCGCCGCCGCCAUCCCGCCGCCCGGAGGCCGUGGCCGCGCCUCUUCCGCUCCCCGCGGGGCCACGCCGUCGUCGUGGGCGAGAGGGAGCGGCGCGGGGGGGCGGAGCAGCCGCUGCCCGGCUUCCCCUCCGCUCCUGUCCGUUUCGGAGGGCACGGGGCUCCCCCGGGAAAGCCCGGCCUCCGCUGCCGCCCCGCCGGCUGCAGCAGCCGCGAUGGAGGCGGCCGCGCCGGGGGAAGCCAGUGUUCAAGAUGAAGCUGUGGACAAAAGCAACUUUAAGGAAUGCAACCAGAUUGCUUUUUACAGGCGUCAGAAACUUCUACGUCCUGGAAAAUCCUUGUAUCGAGCAUUGCUGGAUUCAGUCACAUUAAGUGAUGAGAAAGUCAAAUUCCAAAUUAUUCAUGAGGAGAAUAAGGUUCUUCUGCAAGUAGAAAUUUAUGAAAUAGAAGGCAAUAUUUUUAGGCUUAAAAUUAAUGAGGCAGCUCCUCUCAGAGCAAGAUAUGAAGUUCCUGAUGUUCUUAUAAAGGAACCUACCACCCAGAGACUCUCUGUAUCCCAGAAGGAGGCAGGUAUUUUGGUGCUGACAAAUGCUAAUACGGACUGCAAGCUUCAAGUCACAGCAAACCCCUUCCAGGUUGAGCUACACUCCAAGGGUGAGACUGUUCUGAGCAUGAAUUCCAAUGGGUUAUUAUAUUUUGAGCACCUACAACCACCUCCUAGUGAUAGAAAAUCUACAGCAGAAAACGAAGAGGCAGCAAGUGAUUCUUCUAAGGAGAAACACGAGGAUCUAGGUCUCUGGCAAGAGAAAUUUGGCAGUUUCUUGGAUAUCAAAGCUCAUGGUCCAAGUUCUGUAGGUGUGGAUUUCUCUUUACAUGGAUUUGACCAUGUCUAUGGAAUACCACAACACGCAGAAUCACUUCUUCUCAAAAACACAAGUGAUGGUGAUGCCUACCGGCUUUAUAAUUUGGAUAUCUUUGGCCACAAGAUACAUGACAAAAUAGGUAUUUAUGGUUCAGUACCCCUUCUCUUAGCACACAAGCCUAACAGAACUUCAGGGAUUUUCUGGCUGAACUCUUCAGAAACACUGGUGGAUAUUAAUACAAAGGCAGUAGCUGAGCACAUACAGUCCGGAUCAGCUGCAGAUACUGCUAAGCAGAGGGCGGUGCCUCUAACUGAUGUGCGCUGGAUGUCAGAAAGUGGGAUCAUUGAUGUUUUCCUGCUGAUGGGACCCACUGCAUUUGAUAUCUUCAAGCAAUUUGCACAACUGACAGGCACUCAAGCCCUACCUCCCCUUUUUUCUCUGGGCUACCAUCAGUGCCGCUGGAAUUAUGAAGAUGAGCAAGAUGUCAAGGCAGUAGAUGCGGGUUUUGAUGAACAUGACAUUCCAUACGAUGUGAUAUGGCUGGACAUAGAACACACAGAUGGCAAGAGGUAUUUUACAUGGGACAAGAAGAAAUUCCAGAACCCCAAGAAGAUGCAGGAACUUCUCAGGAAGAAAAAACGCAAGCUUGUUGUCAUUGUAGACCCCCACAUUAAAGCAGAUCCCAUAUAUGCCCUGUAUUCACAGGGAAAAGACAAGGGCUAUUUUGUGAAAGACAGAAAUGGACAAGAUUUUGAAGGCAUCUGUUGGCCAGGUUCCUCUUGUUACCUAGAUUUCACCAAUCCUGAAGUGCGAAAAUGGUAUGCAGAUCAAUUUGCCUUCAAAACGUACAAGGGGUCCACUAAUAUCCUCUUUGUGUGGAACGACAUGAAUGAGCCAUCAGUUUUCAAAGGGGCAGAGCUAACAAUGCAGAAAGAUGCUGUGCACUACAACAACUGGGAGCACCGGGAAUUACACAACCUCUAUGGCUUCUACCAGCAAAUGGCAACUGCAGAAGGACUCAUCAAACGUUCUUCAGGAAAAGAAAGACCAUUUGUUCUCACACGAUCAUUCUUUGCUGGGUCACAGAAGUAUGGGGCAGUGUGGACUGGAGACAACACAGCAGAGUGGAGUUACUUGAAAAUCUCCAUUCCAAUGCUUUUGACCAUCAGUCUGGCAGGGAUUUCGUUCUGUGGAGCUGAUGUGGGAGGGUUCAUCGGAGAUCCAGAACCAGAAUUACUUGUUCGCUGGUAUCAGGCUGGAGCCUACCAGCCCUUCUUCAGAGGUCAUUCUAACAUGGAGAGCAAACGGCGAGAACCAUGGCUCUUUGGGGAGAACAACACCCAGAUCAUCAGGGAAGCCAUUAGAGAGCGCUACGUCCUCCUGCCAUACUUAUACACACUGUUUUAUCGGGCACACACAAUGGCUGAACCAGUUAUGAGGCCUCUCUGGAUAGAGUUUCCUGGGAAAUUAGAAACUUUUGGUGUGGAAAAUGAGUACAUGCUAGGAAAUGCUCUGUUGGUACAUCCAGUCACGGACAAAGAGGCCAAGGCAGUGAGUGUUCUACUUCCAGGGUCAGAGGAGAUUUGGUAUGAUUUCAGAACAUUUAUACGAAUGGAAGAUCCAGGCACUCUGAGGAUCCCAGUAACACUGGACAAUAUUCCUGUAUUCCAGCGAGGAGGCACCGUGAUACCUCUUAAGACUGCAGCUGGAAAAUCCACUGAAUGGAUGAUAGAUAUUUCUUAUGAACUUCGUGUGGCCCUGGACAGAGAGGCCCGUGCAAUAGGUGAGCUCUACCUAGAUGAUGGGCAUUCAUUUCAGUACCUCCACGAGAAGCAGUUCCUGUACCGGCAAUUCACUUUCCACAAGAACAUUCUAUCUUCCAGCUGCAUGGAUAAAAGUGGACAAUACCACACCACAUGUGUUGUUGAACGGGUGAUAUUUCUGGGACUUGGACAACAACCCACUUUUGUAACCAUCUGUUCCAAGGAUGGGAAAGAAAAAGAAGUGGUUUUCACAUAUGAUACGAAGAUCUCUGUGCUGACACUGGAAAAUUUAGCCCUGAGCGUUGAUACUGACUGGAAGAUUUGUAUCAAGUGAAAGACAAUGCAACUUCUUCAGAGAAUUCAUUGAAAGAUUGAAGGGAAAUCAGUUUGGAGGACUUAGAGCAUUCACUUGAAUCCAGUCAAAUCAAGGAACCUAUUUCCUACCCAGUCAACCCCAAACUAACAUUUUUUCUUUUAAAACACCAAUUUGAACUCGGAUAGCUCUUCUGUUCAGCAAAGGUAAUAGCACUAUGAUUGUAUCUGUGGGGAAAAAGCUAAAUAAUAUCUGUUCAAGAGUAGCUUCAGUUAGGCUUUAAGUUCUGCUUUCACUUGCACCAAAAAAAAAAAAAAAAUCAUAAAUUGAUGGAGUGAGAUUGUGGCUUAUUGGCAUGGGGUUUAAUGUAUUUGGCAAUCCCACCUUUCACACAUGAGAGUACUUGAGAAGAGAAACUGUGGCAGUUUGACAAAGAAUGUCAUUAGGUACACCUGAUACAGAGGUUAUCAUCAGAGUUCUGUCUGCAAGCUGCCUUGUGAAAACAAACCCAGAAGGAGACAUCCAGGGUCAUUACAGAUAUUUCCUCUUUUAAGUCUUUAUGACAGUGCAAAAUUAGGCAGUCUGUACAGGAAAGUAAACAACAGGCUAGCUGAACAGUUCAGUCAUUGAAAGUGAAGUUUGAAUAAGUAGUGCCAGUCAGUUUCAUGAUAGUAAAAGACAGUGAUGUGGGAGUACAUAAAUCUAAUAGCUGGUGAAUUUUUUUCUGAAAAGGCAUAGGUCUAUAGUGGUAGCAGGUUGGGAUAGCAGCUGGACUCCCAUGGAAACAUCUUCCACAGCAUUGCUCCUCUCUUUCUGCCAUUGUUACUUAAACAAACAUAGGAAGAAAAGUAGAAGGUAUUUGGUUAGGAAAGAAUUGACCUGUUUUGAAUAAUUGAAUGUCAUUGGUUAAAGUUAGCCCGGUGAAGCAACGGUGCUUACAUGGAGCUCUGUUCCUCCACAUCUUCAAGCGCUUGCUAAGAUCUGGCUUCUGUUACACAUAGUUUAGUAAUUUCUUGGUCAGCUUUUAGUAUCUGGCUGAGAUUUGAGCUUUGUAGGUGACAAGGAAAAAGCUUAUUCACACGAAGGAAAUUUGAAGUGCUUAAAAUUUUCUUUAUAGUAGAAAAUGUUUUAAAUUAAUGGGGUAAAUUCUGCACUUAGCCGUCUGAUUUCACACUUAUUCCCCUGUUCUUUUAAAAUUGACCCUAAUGCUCCCCUGCCACUUUUUCCAACCAUCUCCAAACUGCUGUGUCCUGCUGUUUUCUUUUCUUUCAAAACUAGAAGACAUCAUAAGAGUCCUACGUCCUGCCUGUUCCACAGCCAUUUCCAUAUGAGGUCUCUCUCUUCACAGGCUACCCACUGCUCUACAGUUCAAGUUGUUUGCCCUUUCCAUUUGUUACACCCGUAAAAUAUAUUAUUUUAAAACCAGUUCUGCUUUGAGCCAAACCUGCACGUGCCAUCAGUUGGGUUUUGUGGAUAUAAAAAGGAAGAAAUUACUUGGUAUCUUUUAAUAUGAUAAGGAAAUAAUUUUCUAAAAACAUUAGUGAAUUAACUCUAUGGAAAGAGAGAAGGACAGUCCCUAUUUUUGCCCACUAAAAGGGACAUAAUAGUCCAUUUGUAUGUUGUUUCCUACUCCUCAUUAUAAGCCUUCUCUCUGCUUGGCCAGUCAUUUCCCACCUGCUGCUGUUUGUCAUCUGCAGGGCAGAUUUCUGGGAAUACCAGAGCACUGACUACUACACUCUUGAGUACCAAGUGCAGUUUGUUUCCCACUAGACCCUUAAGUUCCUCCCCCCCAUUCUAUAGAGCUGUUCUUCAGCUCCUUCUAGCAGACACCAUGAACCCACCAGCCCAGGAGCUGGGAACUAGCAGCCUAAAUACGGCUGUGCUUAAUGCAGAUAAGUAAAUCCAGGUGGAACAGUAACAUAUAGAUCUUACACAUCUGUGAGAAGAGAAACAAACCCUAUUUUUGAGACAGACCCUAUUUUUCUAUCAGUUUCUAAGCUUUAUUUGCUAAUUGCUUCUUUUAUUUAAGCAUAGUGGUGCUUCUGACAGGGUGUAAUUAUUGUCUGGAGCGUUUUAGUGAAAUGUUUUAACUGAUUUUUCUGAAAUUUGAAAGUAAAAUGAAGUAACAAUGAA